GCUUCCUCACCUAGCACUAUAACCAUGCUUAUACUCGUUGAAACGUAGGACCAACACUGGCUCAUUUACUUGACUUCACUUUUGGGUUUCGAAAACUUUCUUGUUCGAUAAAGGUUUGGAUGGAAACUUUGGUAAAGAAGAGCGGAAAUUUUCAAAAGAUAAAAGAUGGGUCUGGAUCUUUUGGUGAUAAUGGGGUUCGAGCUGAGUCGCACACCGAUUCGAGCACCGAGUCUAGGGAGAGCAGCGGUUCUUCAAGAUCGAGCAGCGAGACUACGAGUGGGGAAGUGAAAGCAAAAGGCCGGUCUUCGUCGCCGCCUCCGUUGGGUUGGCCUAUUCGUAAGGCUCAAGUAAGCAAAAGUUCGGUUUCUGAUAUUGGUCAAAGUGAACAGAAACAACCCCAUUUGGCCGAUUCGACAUUUGAGAAAACGGUCUCCCAAAAUUCAGCGAUGGAUAUGAUGAAGGAAAGAUUUUCAAAAUUGUUGCUUGGUGAAGAUAUGUCAGGGUCUGGGAAAGGGGUCUGUACAGCAUUAGCUAUCUCAAAUGCCAUUACUAACCUCUGUGCUACCAUUUUUGGGCAACUAUGGAGAUUAGAACCGUUGCUUACUGAGAAGAAAACAAUGUGGAGAAGAGAGAUGGAAUGGCUACUUUGCGUCAGUGAUCACAUUGUGGAAUUGAUACCCACUUGGCAAACAUUUCCUGAUGGGAGUAAGCUUGAGGUCAUGACUUGCAGGCCGAGGUCAGAUAUUUUCAUCAAUCUCCCAGCUCUGCGUAAACUAGACAACAUGCUUCUUGAAAUAUUAGAUAGCUUCGUCAAUACGGAGUUUUGGUAUGUUGAUCAAGGUAUUGUAGCUCCAGAUGCUGAUGGGUCCGCCUCCUUUCGCAAAACAAUUCAGAGGCAAGAAGAGAAGUGGUGGCUACCUGUACCCCGCGUUGCUCCUAGCGGCCUCACUGAAAAUUCAAGAAAACUGUUGCAUCACACACGUGAAUGUGCAAGUCAGAUAUUAAAAGCUGCAAUGGCCAUAAACAGUAUAGCUUUAGCAGAAAUGGAAGUUCCUGAGUCAUACUUGGAAGCUCUUCCAAAGAAUGGGAGAGCAUGUCUAGGGGAUGUUAUUUACCGUUACAUCACAUCAGAUCACUUCUCUGCAGAGUGCCUGCUCGAUUACCUUGAUUUAUCCUCGGAACAUGUUGCUCUCGAGAUUGCCAACCGUGUUGAAGCUUCCGUGUAUGUAUGGCGUAGGAGAGCUCACGCCAGACUCCCACCUAAUCCUAACCGCUCCACUGCAAAGUCGUCGUGGGAAAUGGUCAAGGACCUAAUGCUUGAUGGUGAUAAGAGGGAGCUGCUUGCAGAAAAAGCCGAGAGUCUCCUGCUUUGCUUGAAGCAACGGUUCCCUGGUCUGACGCAAACUACUCUCGAUACUAGCAAGAUCCAAUGCAAUAAGGAUGUUGGAAAAUCCAUUAUUGAGAGCUAUUCAAGAGUCUUGGAGAGCUUGGCAUUCAACAUUGUGGCUCGUAUUGAUGAUUUACUAUAUGUGGAUGACUUGACCAAACAUUCAGACCGACUGUCAUCAGCAGCUCCCACAGUUAGUGUGAUUUCACACAAGACAGUUUCAAUCCCAUACUCGGUGCCUGACUCGAGCACUCCAUACAAAACAACUUUUUCCACUCCAAGCUUUUCACCUGCACCGUUAAUUAGCCCUGCCAGGGGAGAGAGAACUCCUUUUCUCUUCAACCGCCAUAGCAAGCCUCCCCGCCGUGGAUUUGGGGUAAAAAGAGUCUUGACGAACUAUCUUGGUGUUGACUCAAAGGCAAGGAUUAGUGGCAAUCCAACAGAAGUUUUAGCUUCAACGCCAAAGCUAAGUAGCGCAGAAGGUUUGGAAUGUCAUAAAGAAUCAACAACCCACCAAAAUGGGGCCAAAUUGAGCCAGGCUCGCUGAGCUUCUACUUAUUUAGAGCUUAUUUAUUCACUUGUGAUCAACAAACCGUCUGUCAUAGAAAAAACCUUCUGCUGUAACCACCUAUUUGUAGUUAUGAGUUCGGAAAAUUAACGUAUUGGUCACAGAUUUGCU